AUUAUUAAUUUCAGUCUAGAUAUGUGUUGCAACCCUCCCUCUUGAUUCUAAGGGGAAUAAAUGGUGAAAUAAUUUCCACCGCUGUCAGCAAGAUGGGUUUCAGCUAUCCAGAGAAAGCGCAGAAGUGACUUCCGACUGGUGACCCUCUUCUAACGGCGAUGAGUUUAUGCGCGUUCUACCAGGAAGCUCAACGCAUACUGUGUUGAGAACGUUCAACCACAGCUGAUACGCACUCUCCCAUCCUCCAUCUAAGGGGGCCGAAGGGGAUGUUGUAAAGUAGUUGAGAUUAGUAUCUUCAUUUUCACCAAUUCCAUUCGUAUUGUUCAAUGUCUGCCGCAUCUAUCUCCUUCGGUCUCGCCUGAAGUAAGGAGCCUAGAUCCGUGGUGUAGGCUAGAUCACCAAAUGGAACGGUGAACUAUGGCAGCUAAAGACGAUCUUUAUGCCAAAGUCACCCCUCGAAGACAGCGUCAGGCCAGACCAGGCACUGUCAAACAUGGGUCCAGUCUGGACGUGCUGCUAUCCAUGGGCUUCCCCAAAACCAGGGCGUUGAAAGCAUUGGUUUCAACUGGGGGCAGAAAUGUACAAGCUGCCUGUGACUGGCUCUUCUCCCAUGUGGACGACCCGUUCCUGGACGACCCGUUGCCCAGGGAGUACGUGCUGUACCUGCGGCCCAGUGGGCCUCUGCUCCACCAGCUCGCCCACUUCUGGCAGCAGAGCCGCGGCACGUGCGGGAAGAACAAGGCCCACAACAUCUUCCCUCACAUCACGCUCUGCCAGUUCUUCAUGUGUGAGGAUGCCAAGGUGGAGGCGCUGUGCGAGGCGCUGCAGACCACGGUGGGCCAGUGGAAGGGCCGCUUCCCCAACCCGCUGCCCCUGGAGCUCUACACCUCCUCCAACUUCAUCGGCCUCUUCGUGGACGAGCAGGUGGCCGAGGUGCUCAAGACCUUCGCCUUGGACUUUGCCAACGAGGCGGCGGCAAAAGCAGAUGCCCACGUGGAGCCACAUAAGAAGCAGCUUCAUGUUACUCUUGCAUACCACUUCCAGACCAAUCACUUGUCUUCGUUAGAAAAGCUGGCCAAGGGCAUCGACGUAGCGCAAGGCUGCGAUUGGCUAGCCGUGCUCUUCUCCCGGGACAUCCGGUUCGCCAAUCAUGAGACUCUGCGGGUGAUGUACCCGUACGCGCCACAGAACGAGGACGAGCUGGAGCUGGUGCCGGGGGACUUCAUCUUCACGUCUCCCGUGGAGCAGGGCAGUGCCAGCGAGGGCUGGGUCUACGGGACCUCGCUGGGCACGGGGCUGUCUGGCCUGCUGCCCGAAAACUAUGUCAGUCGGGCAGAUGAGUGCGACACCUGGAUCUUCCAUGGGUCCCACUCUUUCCUCAACAGCACCUCCCCCACCAACAUGGGCGGGGCUUUAGGCGGGCUGCUCCUAGAUGGUCAGCUAGAUGGCCGUCUCCUGGACGACCCGAGUCCUAUCGACCCCACUGGUCUGUUUUGUCAACCUAUGCAGAUGCUUCGGCCAAUCAGCAACAGCCAAUCUAGGCUGCCCAAGAGGACCCUGUUUGUGUGUCGCCACGGCGAGAGAAUGGACGUGGUGUUCGGGAAACACUGGAUCUCCCAGUGCUUUGAUGCCAAAGGUCGAUACGUACGGUCCAAUCUCAACAUGCCGGCUAGUCUUCCAGCGAGAACUGGCGGCUACAGGGACUACGAUAAGGACUGCUCUAUCACUGUGUUUGGGUCGACACAGGCUCGCCUCAUAGGUGAGGCUCUCCUAGAGAGUCAAACAGGCAUAGACUUUGUGUACUGCUCCCCCUCACUGCGCUGUGUGCAAACAGCCCAUCACAUCCUGCGAGGUCUCCAGCAGGAAGGGAAGACUAAGAUCCGUGUGGAGCCGGGGCUGUUUGAGUGGACUAAGUGGGUCUCGGGUACCUCCCUGCCUUCCUGGAUACCCCCUGCCGACCUGGCAGCUGCCAGCCUGAGUGUGGAUACAACGUAUAGACCUCAUAUACCCAUUAGCAAACUUGGCGUGUCCGAGUCCUACGACACCUACAUCAGCCGGAGCUUCCAGGUGACGCGGGAGAUCCUCAGCGAUUGCAAAAACCUCGGAAACACAGUGCUGAUAGUGGCCCACGCUUCCUCCCUGGAGGCCUGCACGCGGCAGAUGCAGGGCCUCAGCCCACAGAAUUCCAAGGACUUUGUGCAAGUGGUCCGAAAGAUCCCCUACCUGGGCUUCUGCGCAUGCGAGGAGAUCGGCGAGACGGGCGUGUGGCAGCUGGUGGACCCGCCCAUCCUGCCCCUGACCCACGGGCCCAACCACACCUUCAACUGGCGCGAGACUUUGCUGCAGGACUGAGCUAGCCCGUUUUGGCCUCCCACGCCAAUCACUCGCCACCGCAAAUCGCCCCCCACCACCCCGCCGCGCGUCCGUCACCCCCCUUUGCCGCUGCCCCUUCCGUUCGUCCGUCCCUCGCGCGUCCGCAGGGCCCCGUGUGCGGGCAGCUCGCGAGACGCCGCGCAGUGCCGCAGAAAAGCCGCGCUCCGCCUCUCCUUUGCCCGCCCGGCCUGCGCCGCCUAUGGCACCAAACGAUUGGACCAACAAACAA